CGCGGCCGCUGCCUCCUCCCUCGCUCCCGCCCGCGGCGGCGGCGCUUCCCGGCGCGGAGCGGCUUUAAAAGGCGGCUCCCCACCCCCCGGCGCACUCGCCGCUCGGGCGCCGCGCGAGCUGCCGCUGCCAUGCCUCCGCGCGCGCCGCCUGCGCCCGGGCCCCGACCGCCUCCCCGGGCCGCCGCCAAAGCCGCGGGCGCGGGGGACGCCGGCGGGCGCGGACUCCGGCCGCCGGCGCCGCGUCCCUGGCGCUGGCUGCUGCUGCUGGCGCUGCCUGCCGUCUGCUCCGCGCUGCCGCCGCCGCGACCCGUUUACACCAACCACUGGGCAGUGCAAGUGUUGGGCGGCCCGGCCGCGGCGGACCGCGUGGCCGCGGCGCACGGCUACCUCAACUUGGGCCAGAUUGGAAACCUGGAAGAUUACUACCAUUUCUAUCACAGCAAAACCUUUAAGAGAUCGACCCUUAGUAGCAGAGGCCCUCACACGUUCCUCAGAAUGGACCCUCAGGUCAAGUGGCUACAGCAACAGACAGUGAAGCGCAGGGUGAAGAGACAGGUGCGGAGCGACACGCAGGCCCUUUAUUUCAAUGACCCCAUUUGGUCCAACAUGUGGUACAUGCACUGUGGCGACAAGAACAGCCGGUGCCGGUCGGAGAUGAAUGUGCAAGCGGCAUGGAAGAGGGGCUACACGGGAAAGAACGUGGUGGUCACCAUCCUGGAUGAUGGCAUAGAGCGGAAUCACCCUGACCUGGCCCCCAACUACGAUUCCUAUGCAAGCUAUGAUGUCAAUGGAAACGACUAUGACCCAUCUCCACGAUAUGACGCCAGCAACGAGAAUAAACAUGGCACUCGCUGUGCGGGAGAAGUUGCGGCUUCCGCGAACAAUUCAUACUGCAUCGUGGGCAUAGCGUACAAUGCGAAAAUUGGAGGCAUCCGCAUGCUGGACGGUGACGUCACCGACGUGGUGGAGGCCAAAUCACUGGGCAUCCGACCCAACUACAUUGACAUCUACAGUGCCAGCUGGGGGCCGGAUGAUGACGGGAAGACUGUGGACGGGCCUGGUCGCCUGGCCAAGCAGGCUUUUGAGUACGGCAUUAAAAAGGGCCGGCAGGGCCUGGGCUCCAUUUUCGUGUGGGCGUCUGGGAACGGUGGGCGAGAGGGCGACUACUGCUCCUGUGAUGGCUACACCAACAGCAUCUACACUAUCUCCGUGAGCAGCACCACCGAGAACGGCUACAAGCCCUGGUACCUGGAGGAGUGCGCCUCCACGCUGGCCACCACCUACAGCAGCGGGGCCUUUUACGAGCGGAAAAUCGUCACCACGGACCUGCGCCAGCGCUGCACGGACGGCCACACGGGAACCUCAGUCUCAGCCCCCAUGGUGGCUGGCAUCAUCGCCCUGGCUCUGGAGGCCAACAGCCAGUUAACCUGGAGGGACGUCCAGCACCUGCUUGUCAAGACCUCUCGGCCGGCUCACCUGAAAGCAAGUGACUGGAAGGUCAAUGGCGCCGGACAUAAAGUUAGCCAUCUGUAUGGAUUUGGCUUGGUGGAUGCCGAAGCUUUGGUCCUGGAGGCCAAGAAGUGGACGGCAGUGCCCUCCCAGCAUAUGUGUGUGGCCACCGUGGACAAGAGGCCCAGGAGCAUCCCGGUGGUGCAGGUGCUACGCAGCACUGCCCUGACCAGCGCCUGUGCUGACCACUCGGAUCAGCGUGUGGUCUACCUAGAGCACGUGGUAGCCCGCAUCUCCAUCUCACACCCGCGCCGUGGAGACCUCCAGAUCCACCUCACCUCUCCCUCGGGAACCAAGUCUCAGCUCCUGGCUAAGAGGCUGCUGGACCAUUCCAAUGAAGGCUUCACCAACUGGGAGUUCAUGACUGUGCACUGCUGGGGAGAAAGGGCUGAUGGGGAGUGGACCUUGGAGAUCCAAGACAUGCCCUCCCAGGUCCGCAACCCGGAGAAGCAAGGCAAGCUCAAAGAAUGGAGCCUCAUUUUGUACGGCACCGCCGAGCACCCAUACCAUACCUUCAGUGCCCAUCAGUCACGCUCACGGAUGCUGGAGCUUGCUGUCCCAGAGCCCGAGCCUCCCAAGGCUGCUGCAUCCCCCUCACACACCGAAGGUGCCGAGGAGGAGGAGGAUUAUACAGCUCCUUCCGCCCAAGGCUCUCCUAAUAUUUUACAGGCCAGUGUGUGCCAUCCUGAGUGUGGUGACAAGGGCUGCGACGGCCCCGGUGCGGACCAGUGCUUGAAUUGCGUGCACUUCAGCCUGGGGAACCUCAAGACCAGCAGGAAGUGUGUCAGCACAUGCCCUUUGGGCUACUUCGGGGAUACAGCAGCGCGACGCUGUCGCCGAUGCCACAAAGGUUGCGAGACGUGCUCUGGCAGGAGCCCCACACAGUGCCUGUCCUGCCGGCGUGGCUUCUAUCACCACCAGGAGAUGAACACCUGCGUGACCCUCUGUCCUACUGGUUUUUAUGCCGAUGACAGUCAGAAGAAUUGCCUGAAAUGCCACCCAAGCUGUAAGAAGUGUGUGGACGAGCCCGAAAGGUGUACAGUGUGCAAAGAAGGAUUCAGCCUUGCUCGGGGCAGCUGCAUCCCCGACUGUGAACCAGGCACCUACUUUGAUUCUGAGCUGAUCCAGUGUGGGGAAUGUCACCACACCUGUCGGACCUGCGUGGGCCCCAGCACAGAAGAAUGCAUUCACUGUGCGAAAAACUUCCACUUCCAUGACUGGAAAUGUGUGCCAGCCUGCGGCGAGGGCUUCUACCCCGAGGAGAUGCCGGGCUUGCCCCACAAAGUGUGUCGCAGGUGCGAUGAGAACUGUCUGAGCUGUGAGGGCUCCAGCAGGAAUUGCAGCAAGUGCAAGAGCGGCUUCACACAGCUGGGGACCACGUGCGUCACCAACCACACGUGCAGCAACGCCGACGAGACAUUCUGCGAGAUGGUGAAGUCCAACCGGCUGUGCGAGCGGAAGCUCUUCAUUCAGUUUUGCUGCCGCACCUGCCUCAUGGCCGGCUAGGGGGUGCCUGCUGCCCACAGAAGGUAGGGCUCUCCUGUCCGGGCCGGCCGUCUGUCCACCCGCCUUCCUCCAGACUGGUCGGCCAGAGCCUGCUGCCAGGCGGCGCCCUGCCCCCACAGCUGUAUCUCCCCAGGGCCAGGUCUUCUCAAGCACCGCUGGGCAGCCAGCUCAGGCGGGUAGAGAUGCUUCAGGAGGGUCACGUCCUCCCAGCUCCGCCUCUGGUACCCUGGGAAAGUCUACAGCUCCAGCUACUUCGCAGCCACUUCGGGACCACAAGUUUACUGAACCUUCCAAGACCAAAGCAGAAAGCAAAGACGCCUGGCCUCACACACCGUCCUCUUCCCCUCCUCCUCCUGCUGGCCGCCCUCGGGCACCUUGAACCACAGCCCAUCAGCUGUGCACCUGCUGCCAAGCCUGGAGGGCAGUCUGGCCAGACUGUAAAUAAAAGUCAGUUUGGGGGCACAAAACUCUGUGACCACUAGGGAUGGAGUUUGUCUACACAGUCGGCUCCUGCGGAAACAGCGGCCAUUGACUUAGAAGGUUCCCUCUCACAGCGUGCUUUUCACAGGGGACCGAGGGCUUCUUGUUCUACGACGUUCUCCCUGUGUCUCUGGGAGUCUCCUGCCCUAGCUGGACAACCACCUUUCACUGGCAUAGGACCAGCUGAGGAGGCGGCUGUGGCCAGCCAGCAGGUGCCCCGGCGACCAUGCCGCCUCUUGGUUGUCAGUCACCCAUCACUUCCUGUCUUACAGGACUGUUUCUGAAGCACCUUUGUCAAGGUGGGGCGCCUGUGUCUGUCUCUCUUCCCUGCCUACAUGACACAGUUGGCUUUGUUUCUGCCAAACCUGUGUAGGUGUUUUUAUAAGCUACAUGUCCUGAUUUUUACCGACGGUAAUAAUUUUGACAAAUAUUUCAUAUAUUUUCAUUGAAAUGCACAGAUCUUGCUUGAUCGAGUCCCUCAAAUAAGGGAGUAACAUUUGCCUUAAAUUUUGUCCCCGUGUCGCCCUGCUCGCCCCACUACGCCCACUCCCACCUCGACCUUUGAUCACAAGUGCAUCCGCCUUGUCACCUGUGAGCCGGGUUGGGGAUGGGGAAUCCUAGCCAUUGUUAUUGAAUCCACACCUCCGGAAAGAGAAAUCAACAAAGCAAAUACAAUGUUAACCUUGAAUUAAUAAAAGAGUUAACAUCUGUGGCA